AAUGUCUAAAGAUUUAGAAGAUAUAGAAGAUUUCCCAUCUACCCGUGAGCAAGCCUCCAACGAAGAAAUUACAAAAUACGUGAAGCAACUUGAUGGAGUGAAAAUUCUCGAUCCAGUCCUUAUUAUUUCUCCAAAUCAAGCUUGGAUCAAUUUAUUAUGCAGUUAUGGAUAG